AUAUUUAAAAUGAGUUCUACUUGGUCUAGUAUUUACGCGUUAUUUGUAUAUCUUCGUGUUGGUGUUGGUUGUGGAAAUUUCGGUUGUAUCCUGUUGUUCUAGCGAACUUAUCCUUACCUCUACAAUUUUUACUUCAAUUUCAAAUGAUCCUUGACAAUUCUGACGUUAAUGUUAUUCAGUAGACUUAAUUUUUCUGUCUUUUAGUUCACAAAACAAAUCCGAAAAUACUUAUCAGACAGCGAUGAGCAAAUUGUUAAAAUACUAAGAAGAAAAUUUCUCCAGACGACCUACGAAUUUCAGAAAACUGAGGUAUCUAAACCCAUACUCGACAAAUGCAUAGCGGAGAUAGCAUUCAAUCCAGAUAGAAUCUAUGUUAUUUUGAAUGACUUAAAAACAACCUUUAAGCUGCACACAUCGAAAAUUGACAAAAAGUCCCAACAGGUUAUUACCAAACGACGUAUGGACUUCAAGACAAUAAGUCAGGAUGUUGGAAGUUCGCAUAUUAAACCAAAUAAUUCCCCCAAUCAUUGUACGGAUGAUGAAGUUUCACAUAAGAAUUCAUCUCCACUCUCCAGUUGUUACGCUGAUGACGACGUGAUCAUCGUUGACUCACCGGGUUCUCCAAAUGUUAUCAAACCGCCAUCAAACUCUAUCCAGUCUUCAUUUGGUUGUUUAAAGAAUUCGACAUCUGCAAAUAAAGAUCAAGAAACGAGGUGUGUUGACAGAAAUAAUGAAGAUCAGGAAGAGGAGUGUAUUGAUCGAAAUAAUGAGGAUUGUGGUGAUAUUCAGAACGAUAAGAAAUGUAGGAUAAUUGGUCGUUUAGAGUGUCUUAUGACACGUCUCUCUCAAGCUAUUCGAGAAUUGGAAGAAAAAGAACUUGAUUUUGAUGAAUUGGAUUCGUCCAAUUCACCGUACCUUAAACUAGAUGUUUUAAAACGUCAAUAUUUGAAAGUAUGGCGUCGACAUUGUGAACUACGUAAUGUUGCUCGAAAAUCUGGACGGAUAUUACGUCAAAGAUUUGUAUAUAAUGGAAGCCAAUAUCCAAAAGUAAACGAAAAAAUUGAAGAGAUCAUUAAUCAGAAAAGACUGUUUCCUGAUUGGACUGAUAUUUAUCGAAUAGUUACUUCGGUGAAUAAGGAAGAACAAUUGAAUUUGACGGGAUCAACUGUCAAAUCUUUAGCGCGUGAAAUCUUUAUUGAUGUUGGCCAUUCAUUAAAACAACGACGUCAAGAUGAUUUAAGACACGAUUUCGGAUGUCAUCUGACAGAUGAUUUAUGUGAUGAUGAUGAUCCAACUUAUUCUAGUCGAGAUUUACGAAGAAAACUAACUGAAAAUAAACGUAUUGGUGAUAACAAUCUAAACAAGGUAUUCAAACAUUAUAUUGAUCGUCAGCAUACUAUUCAAACUUUUCAACAAAUUAUACAAGAACCUGAAGAUAACAAUAAAGUUGAGCAUGAUGUUAAUCGUCAGUCUGAUAUGAUGAAUUCUAGUGGGAAAGUUUCCGUUCCUAAUCCGGUUUGUUUUGCAACGAGCACUCAACAGUGUGAAAAUGAUAAACUUCCUAGUUCACCAGCAACAUCUGAUGAAGUGUUAACUUUAAGUUCAGAUUCCGAUGAAAAUGAGGAGACGAAACCUCAUGAUAUUGCUUCAGGUUUCGUAAGUUCACCAGUGUCAGGUCAUGAUGAAUCCACUCCUACUAACGAUGUAUCACAAGAAUCUUCUGUUAAAAAUGAUAGACGUGAUGAAAAAAUCAAAGAUAAUCUCGAUGCUUCAAACACUUCUUUGUCUGUCCCCGUAACAUGCUCUUCAACGACGUUACCAACAACAACAACAACAAUCGAUCUACUUGAUGAUGAUAUUUCAUCGACAGAUUGUUUUACUUCAACACCUCGAGAAAAAAGACCAAGGCUAGAUCACUCAUGUCAUUCAACUGAUCCUUCUAUCACGUAUAAUAAUCGACGUCCUUUUUCCACAUCACUACUUCAAGAAACUAGACAAUCUAGCCAAGUUUUAACAGUAGCCACACGAUAUGGUCCAUAUGGAUGUGAUACAUUCAGUCAAAUGGCCAGUUCACAUGUUGUACACCGUUAUCCUGUAACUACUAUUAAUAAUAAUAAUACACUAAUUACAAAUAAAAUACUCGAAGAAUCUAGUCGAAAUUUUGUUAAUAAUUCAUAUAAAUGUUCAUCAAUAGUACAUGUAAAUUCUUGUUCAUCUACUUUUAAACCUUUAGCAACAUUGUGUAAUAAUAAAUCUUCAAGUAUUUCACAUCCUACAACUACUCAAUUUCAUCUGCCUAAUUCAGAUUCUUUAAAUAAUACCAAUGAUGUUACAUCAUCAUGUACAAAUACGCCUAGAGUUUAUGAUCACGAAACUAUUGAAAUUGAUUAAAAAAAAUUGUGCAGAUUCCCUUUCCUCUUAUUUCAUUUUGUACUUACAAAUGUAUUUAUAAUUGAAUUUCUUUCCUUUGUGUGUAUUCAUAAAUAUUAAAGUGGAUAUAGAGUGGCUCGUUUACCUCGAACCAUUAUAUUCCUCAGAUGUAUGAUGUUUUAUUUUAAACAUAGUUUAUUGCUUUUCUUAAUUAGUAGAAAAUGUUUCAUCUUCAAAAUAAAACCAUUAUUAUCGA